AUGGCCUUCAAGAAUGGGCUGAGUGAGCGCCUCGACGAGCUGCGAUUCCCUUCUCCACGUUCGCCUCCGUCCGAGUCCCCCUUCCCUGGAUAUAGCUCUCUUUCCCCGGGUCACUCGAACCUGGUUUCGGGAUUUUCGCGGCCGGCCGGUGAAGUUCGUGCCAAUCUCCAACGUCGCUUCACCACCGAUUCGAGUAAACUCUCCUCGUGGAGCUAUUUGAAUCACAUCGGAGGAGGUGCGCCUCAAACCCCGGAUAACCUAGACCUAAUGUCAUCGUUCGAGAAGAAGCGUCAGCACAUAGAAUACAUGCGAGAACAGAAGAAGAGGUUCGAGGAAGAUAUGAAACUCUUGGACCUACAGCACGAGAAGGAGAAGCAAGAAAUGGACCAACUUGCUCGAGACCUCGCAAAGGCAGGUUUGUCUGGACCAGUCAGCGAACCUACCACCCCACCCGAAUAUCGUGAGAAUGGCUUCCCGGGUGGAUUCACUCGUCCUACUCGUUUCUCAACCUCUAGCGUCACCUCAUCGCCAGGCUUCUUCAACGUCUUUGCCCCCUCUGGAGUGACUUCACCAAGUCAAGUCAACCACGCUUCUGCCCAGACUCCCACCAACAGAUUCUCUGUGCACUCCGUUCCUGGCUCUCGUAGAAACUCCGAAAAGGAAGACUUUGGACCAGAACCAGCAUCUCCAUUCCGUCCUGGACCUUCCAUUCACCGCUACUCUAUGCCUUCAACUGGCAUGAACUCUCAAUUCCGUCCCAGCAUUUCAGGCUUGAGCAACCCGUCUGGUCUUGAUACCUUCACUGCUGCCAAAUAUCUACUUCACAGUGAGGAAGACAGGGCAACGCUGAAGGAAGAAGAUCGAAUCCCCACUCCUGACAUCAAGAGCUACCUCAAGUUGACGGACCCUGACGACAAGUUCCCUACUCUGUCACGCCGGGACGAAGCCGGAUUGCUUUCUGCAAACUCGGACGCUUUGGACCUGGCCAACUCGCGUACACCAAACCCAGAGUCUUGGAAUACCCAUAGUCGCCACCGCUCCUCGCACCAGAGCAUGCCACAGAACGCUUUGAACAUGUUCCGUCUCGACCAGCUUGGAAGCCCAACGAGCGAGAAUCAUUCCAGCGUAACCAACUCUUCUCGCCACGCUGCCAGACAUUCUCUGGAAGCAAACAUGCUGUUCAAUGAGGGAAGCCAUGACAGCAUGGCCCCGGGUGCUUCGAACCGUCCAAAUGGCUUGCAGUCGUCCUACUCGACCAACGAUGUGCCCACAGUCAAAGGCGAAAGCUACACGGCUGUCACUCCGCCCAAGACCCACGCUGAGCAGUUCCACCAGCACAAUGCCAGCUUGGGUCGGAUUCCGGCAAAUGCUGUCAACACCCGCCAGGCUAAAGACUCCCCUGAACGUGACGAAGCGAAGCUCCAGGGCUCUCAAGCCCAGCAGACUACUUUGCAGGCUAGUGCUGCGCCCUUUGGCCCCCAGCUUCCCGCUGCAGCCUCUCAAGGUGGCUCUGCUGCACAAACUCCCCUGGCCUCGUUCCAGACCCCCCUUUAUGGGUACGGACUCCAGGCGUACAUGGGGAACCCAGUGCAGGUGAACGGACAGCUCCCGAACUAUAACUCUGCCGCUGCCCCCUACGGAGGAUACAAUGCUUAUGGUAACUAUCGGCUCGCUGAAAGCCCAGGCAGGGGAGCUGGAGCUAGCUCUCGCCGAAACGGCGGUGGCGACGCCGACGCUACCCAGCUGUCUCGCUUCACAAACUUCCCCUUGGAGCAUUACAAGGGCGAAUUGUAUGGCCUUUGCAAGGAUCAGCAUGGUUGCAGAUAUCUGCAAAGGAAGUUGGAAGAGCGCAACCCGGAGCAUGUUCAAAUGAUCUUCAAUGAGACUCAUCUGCAUGUAGUCGAGCUAAUGACUGAUCCCUUCGGUAACUAUCUCUGUCAAAAGUUGCUCGAGUACUCCAACGAUGAGCAAAGAACUGCCCUUGUCAACAACGCUGCCCCCCAACUCGUCAAGAUUGCUCUUAACCAGCACGGUACUCGUGCCCUGCAGAAGAUGAUCGAGUUUAUCUCGACUUCUGAACAGACCGAGACAGUCAUCCAUGCCUUGGGUGAACAUGUUGUGGAUCUGGUCCAGGACUUGAACGGAAACCACGUCAUUCAGAAGUGCCUGAACCGUCUUUCUGCGGAGGAUGCCCAAUUCAUCUACGAUGCUGUGGGUGCUCACUGCGUGGUUGUUGGCACUCACCGCCAUGGAUGCUGUGUGCUGCAGCGUUGCAUUGACCAUGCGUCUGGUGAACAGAGAGCCCGCCUAAUUGCUCAGAUUACGUCGAACGCUUUUGCUCUGGUCCAGGACCCCUUUGGCAACUACGUCGUGCAGUACAUCCUGGACCUUGCCGAGCCUCACUUUACCGAACCCCUUUGCCAAAGCUUCCGUGGAAACAUUUCUGCCCUCUCCAAGCAGAAGUUUAGCUCCAAUGUGAUCGAAAAGUGUCUUCGUACAGCGGAAGUUUCAAUCCGUCGUCAAAUGAUCGACGAGAUGCUUUCCGGGCAUGAGCUCGAAAAGAUGCUUCGUGACAGCUUUGCAAACUAUGUCGUUCAGACUGCUAUGGACUUUGCCGAUCCUGAGACCAGAGCUCGGAUCGUUGAUUCUGUUCGCCCGAUCCUGCCUUCGAUUCGCCAGACUCCGCACGGCCGUCGCAUUGCCGGUAAGAUCAUGGCAGCUGAUGGCUCCGGCAGAGGAAGCGCCGCCACCAGCGGACAGGUGACUCCGAACGAGAUGAAUUCCGCCCAGCUCCCGGGUCCCCUUCAGGGACCGCAGAAGCCCUUCAUGUAUCAACAUAACCCUUUCCCGUCCUCCAAUGUUGGCUCCCAGUUCGGAAAUCAGAAUUUUGUGCCUGCUUCUGGCAGUGGCGCUUCCAACACCCCCUCUGGCGGAGCUAGCGAGAAUUCUUCUGGUAUUUUUACUGCUGCUCAGCAGCCGAACGGCAAUCUUGGUGCGCAGAAUCAGCUUCCAUCAACAGUUGUCGUCCAUGGUAUAUCAGCAACCUGCAAAUCGACAAUCGUCCGCGCCGUCCUCUCCGCCGCCCAAGUUCCGCAUGCCAUUGUCCGAAGCACAGAAUGUAUAACAGGCCGACAUCUCCUCACGAAGAUAUUAUGGGAAACACUCGAGGCGCUGGGGCGGAAAGACGAGUGGGAGAGCUUCGGAAAAGGGCGAUGCGAACAUGUUAGUUCCCUCGCGGUGCUGCUGUCGGAAUGUCUCGCGGAGACACCAGGGAAGAAGAAGGUUGAAAAGUUCGUGCUGGUUUUGGAUGGAAUUGAUAAACAGCGGGAAGCGCCGCCGACGUUGCUGUCGGCGCUUGCGAGAUUGGGAGAAGUGAUUCCAUCUCUCAGCGUCGUUUUGAUCCUUGGUACCACGCCACGACCGCUGUUCCUUCAAGCAGCAGCUAUUCCGCAUAUCCUAUUUCCUCCUUAUACACGCAAAGAAGCAAUUGCUAUCAUUUUGAACUCGGAUCCGCCUCCUGUCGCCGGACUGCCACUUGACGUAUCCACCAAACUAUACCCAUUUUUUGUCUCAACUGUAUACGACUCUCUGGUCGGACCUACGGCAAGCUCAAUUCCCAUUUUCACAUCCAUCUGCGCGAGGCUAUGGCCGCAAUUCGUGGCGCCAAUUACAAACGGUGAAGCCCCGCCUGGUGAUAACCAAGAAUGGGACUUUUCGCGGCUCCUGGUUAAGAAUCGGGCCAUGUUUCGACAUUCCGGCGAAGCUGCCCUCGUGCAUCAUAUCGUCACUGAAGAAUCCAUCCCUGCUGCCAGUCGCUCCGCCGUCGGAAAGCCCUCCUUGGCUGCAGUUUCUGCGCCUUCGCCUCUCCCGACAUUGCCUUAUUUGCCAACUCUGAUUUUGACAUCGGCGUAUUUGGCUUCACAUAUCCCCCAGAGACUCGAUACGAUUUUCUUUUCAAAAUUCUCUUCUUCCUCUUUAUCGGCGCGGAAUAAACGCGCUCACCAUCGCCGAAGGUUGAAACUCCUAUCAAAGGCCCAAGCAGAAGACAUCAGCGAAGCAAGUAAAGGCCCAUCAACACCUAGCAAGAGAGGUAAAGGUAAAAGAACAAAGACCCGAAUUACCAAAUCUACCCUGGAGUCCGCCUUUGCUACAUCCUCCGCUACCACUUCCGCCGUGGGAGGCGGUGCCGGUAUCACCGGCCCUUCGACUAUCCUCACAGCCCGUCCCUUUCCUCUCGAGCGGUUAAUCGCAAUCUUCCACGCAAUUGAUCCUAAUCCUCCCGCGAAUCCGAUCAGACUAGGUGCAAUUUCGGAUACGAUAUACGCGGAGCUGGCUACGCUGCGACGACUACGUCUCGUCGUACCUGCUGCGGGUCGAGACAGUCGUUCCGGGAUAGGUUCUACUGGAGUGAAUAGUGGGAAUACGUCUUCCGAUGCUGGAGAGAAAUGGUCUGUGAAUGUUUCGGGGGAUUGGAUCGGGGAGAUGGCCAAGAGUAUUGGCGUAGAGGUUGGGGAAUGGUUAGCUGGUGGCCUGGACUAA